GAAUCAAUCAAAGGUCUACGAACUUUUCGCGUUGCACUGCAAAGUAGCCGUUCAUCGAAACUUCUUGGGCAUCCCUUUGAGACGCGUGUUAUAUCAAGGAGGAAGUUAGCUGGUAUCUCUUUGGUUAUAUACGGGUUGUCCUCGAUCUUAGACUUAUGACGGUUUCGAGAAACCAACCGCUAGUUUUCCUCCGACUUGUUGGACCAAUCACAAUAAAGCUCUACGAAAUAACGAUCACGUUAGUAAUGCAAAUGCGUCUAGUGUACACACAUCUAGGCAACGCCUACUUGGUACAGGUUUGCUCGCUCGCUCAGCUGAUCGCACUGGUCUCAUUCACAUACACGCCAGUCAAGAAGAACGACAUUUGUUUCGUCUAUCCUAUAUAUAUACAUACCUGAUAUCAAUGUUCUGGAAUAAAGUGAUUUUAUAUUAACGGAAUUUUCACCAACAUUCAUCGAAACGAGGUGUAGGCCUCUUCAGCAGGAACUGAUCUCACAGUCGAACAAAGAUGGCGUCGGCAAGUAAAGGCCAGAUACGGAUAAUGCUUUGGGCACCUCCUCGAUCACUUUCCACAGCCUUCGAGCGUUGCAUAAGCUGCCUUAACAGCGACACGAUGAAGGUUGAUGUUACACACGAGCUCUACACGGCUGCCUGUCAUCUAGGGCCGAACCGACAGAUCAAGAUCCCGAGGCUCUUCGAGCCUGUGGUGUAUGAGCCGAAACUGUCCUACAAGAAAGUCAAGAAACGUCUCGAGGCAGAGAAGACUGGCAAGGAUUUAGUGUUUUGUAAAGAGCUGGCUUACUCGGUUGCCGGGAAGUUUGACAUGAUCCCCGAUGGCUACAAGCAUACUUUCCUAAUCCGACAUCCUGCGAAGGUAUUCCUCUCUUUUCAGACCUUCCUGGAGAAGUUUCCCAACAAACUCCUGAAGCUGGACCUGCGGGAGGAUAUCCUACCCGAGGGUCUGGUCUACAAGGAGAUGUACGAUCUGAUGCAGUACACCAUCCAUAAACUGGGACAGAAACCUAUCGUGAUCGAUGCUGAUGACUUGGUGGAGAAUCCGGAAGAAGUAUUGAAGUUGUACUGCAAGGCCACCGGCGUGCCCUAUCAAGAACCUAUGACCACAUGGCGAAAGGUCAAAUACGACCUGAAGGAAUGGAGCUACUCUAAGAGACUCAUGUUUGUUAAUAAAGUGAUGGGGCAAUAUGACCGUGCCUUCAGCACAUCUGAGCUUGUCAAAUCCUCAAGGACUGACAUCGACAUCAAUUGCUUGCCCAAGAAGAUCAGGGAACUCGUAGAUAUUGCCUUGCCGUACUACGAGCAGAUGUAUGAAUGCCGGCUCCGACUGGACACAACCGACAACACGCCGUCGACACCUGAUACUGUUUCAAACUCAUCUUCGAUGUCCGUAGGCCUAUCAUCAUCGUCAUCGUCACCGUCACCGUCACCGUCAUCAUCUGAUUGUGAAUCAGCCGAGAGUUGAGGUGGAACCCACGGACUGUCCAUGGACAGUCAGAAUUAAGGGCCCAGCGAAAGACUACAUUCAGCAAGUGAAAUGAAAAUAUUCAUUCUACAUUAAUAACUUCAUUGGAAUUUAUAAUGAUAUGGACUUAAUUUUGUAUUCAGUUGCCUUAUCCACGUGUAUGUUGAUAGAUACAUUAUCUAAAGUGUUCAAGGAUGAUCUCACAUUUUUUCGCUGAAAGGAUACAGUCUUCAGAGGCCGUAUAAGACGGUGCCGUAUGACGCGAAGAGAUGACAAGACUACGCCACUGUCAUGAACAACAAUGGAUAUGAAGAAUGACUGUCAGGGCACUGACUAAUUGGCCUAUUUAGUUUGUGAUCUAUAACCUGUUCACGACGUGGCUUAUCACUUCCAGUAUAUUUUACAUUUUCUUAGGAGCAUACAUUUUCAUUUCCAGAGCAUAGAUAUGGACAUGAUAGAAGCGAUGAUGAAUAUAGGUGAUCAAACUUUUGAGAGCUACUUGACCAUGGAAAUCUUCUAUUAAAGUAUCACUUGUACGCUACUUUUUAAAGUAAAUAUUUGAAGAUAUGUUCUUAAUGUUCGUCAAAGCCAAAUCUCUGAAAGGCGGGCUCCUUUCAUUCUUCUAAGGCCUUUUCGAAACUAUCCAACGGUAUAGGAUACUUAUAUUUUAAGUAAAAAUAUAUGAAAUUGGUUGAAUUGUGCUCUCUUUUGUAUUUUCAUAUUUUAUGGGUCCUUUUAGUGCAAGGAUUUGGUAUAGUAUUGAAUAACCAAAUAUCUCCACAAAUCUUUGAACUAAGCCACUAGAUGUUUACGUUUGAUGGAUAAUCGCCAUAGCAUGGUAUUAUCUGCCAUCUAAAAUAAUUUUAGUUCAAGUAAUUGGAUGAAAAGGAAUCAUCUCUUUGCGCCCCAUUGGAAUUCAUCCGCAUUAUGAAAAAGAAAUGCACUUUAGUUUUGGUCUAAAGUUUAAUUCAAUUUCUAAUUGUUAGCUUAGAAAAUGCAAUGCUGUAGUCCCAUGCACUAACUAAACAAUUUUAUAGUUACUAUUAUUGUAUUAAUAUAGACCCUAAUAAAAUCGUGAGGAUAGAGGGUGUGUUCCAUUGUUAUUAUGUCACGAUCUUACGCUCAAUAUUAUGUCCUACGUACUACACAAUAAGACUUUUCGUAAUGUAACCACAUUUGAUACAUAUGAGUACGUCGAUACGAAUUAUUGCAUUCACAAUAAGAAUAAUUGUAUUCCAAUACUACAUAGUCAGAAUACACAUUGCAUAUAUUACGUGCUGCUAAGUAGGACAAUCCAUAAAGUUUGUCCUACCUAGCAACGACUAAUGCAUGCCUUUCUCAUUCUGACUGUACAGGUGAAUGCAACAUUUCGUACCAAGGCGCUUCAUGCAUACCUCUUGGUUACAUAACGAAAAUGACCUAUUCUGUUCAAGAGUUUAUUUCCUGGAUUCCAAAAAGGUGAUGAUUAUCUACGUCAUAUACGUAUAUAGUUGGAUAUUACAACCCUCAAGACAAUCUUGCCAAUGUCUGUGCACGGGUUCAAUGUGUGGGCCGGCCAUUUGCAACCUACCACUUAAUACAAAGUUUACGAACUCUUUAUACCUUGAGAUUUGGUUAAAGAUUAACUUUUAAUACGGUGUCGACAAAGAAAAAUAACCUCUGUCGUUGUUUGCCCGUCAAACAAUCUAGAAACGAUGCAUGGUUGGUUGGCAAGUGGAUGGGUUCGAUAUUAUUCCUGAUGUAUACUUUUAAAGGAGGUUUAUUGCUUUAGACUUGUAUGAACGUUGUGGUACACGAUAACAUUCUCAAAUAUUUUCCAUAAUACUUCCACUCAAAGUCAUUUCAAGGUCAAAUUCCAUAAAGGAAUCCGCUAUCGCAACGACCGUUGUUUUAUAAUAAAAUUUCAAAAUCUUAAAAUUACUUUAUUAAUGGCGUAGCCCCAGAGGGAUCGGGCAUGUGCCUCUAUUUCAGGGCGGAGAAAAUGAAGAAAAAACAAAAGAAAGGAGAGAAAGAAAAGCUAUACGGGGAAAAAACGUGAAAAGAAGAUGAUAGGAACCCCUUCCACAAGCCGCCACGCCCCUCCCUUUAUCGGUCGCAGGGGGGGGGGGGGGGGGUUCUUAUUUCAUUUAAUCCAAAUUCUAUAAGAUCGUUAUCCAUUCGUAUUAUAAUUCAUAAUUAUUAGUAUUAUUAUUAUUAUCAUUAUUAAUUAUUAAUGUUAUUAGUAUUAUUGUUAUUGUAAUAUUAUUGUUUCUGUCAUGAUUACAUUUAAUAAUUUAAUCCCUAUGACGUAACUGAAUACUUUAUAUUUUAGUAAAGUAAGUACUGACGGGAAGAAAUAACUAAUUUUUGUUAUUGUAAUUACUGAGUGUAUUCAAUCAUUUCCCUGUAAGUUUGCUAUUUAAAAUGAUGAAGUUUAUGUAAAAAAUGUCGCUGAUGCUAAAGUUUCCGAUAUUUAUUGAAAGAUAUGCAUAAUUUUGUGUUUUGAUGCUUACAAAAAUAUUAACAUGUUCGAAAACAAUGUGUUUUUGUGUGGUAAAAUUGAUAAUUUCCAAAUACUUCUUCAUUUUCUAUGAAUUUUGGGCGAAGUUACGAGUCAGAAAGCCUCAGUUUGAAAAACAUGUUCAAUUUGCUGUUUUCAAAGA